GGUGCCAUAUGCCUUACUGUGCCACGGGCAUCACAGUAAGCACAACAUUAAUAGUCCGCCAAAAAUGGACCGCAGAUAAUCAGAUUGUUGGCUGACGAAAGCUAUUCUUACGACGUUAUUUGUUUUUCUGAAGCUUUGUGGCAUACUGUACUGCAGCACAUCAAUGCAUCUGCGCCGAUAAGUUUCUAUUUCUGAGUUCUCGGCUGCAGUGUUAUCGCAAGUCGAAAGAUAAGCGGCUUGCGUUAUGACUCGGAAUAUAAUGCUGGCUUGUCGUUUUGAAAAGGCAAAAACUAAUGGUUGUUGGUGGACAUUAAUUUGAUCGCGGAAACAAGUAGUUCCUUUAUCGUGUGCUGCUGUUAAAUACAGCUCUUUAUACUUUCCGGAUGUUGUUUGAUGUAGUAGCAUGAAUACCUUGGAUUCAGAGCCAAAAAGGCCUAUGAAGCGUUUUUCCAGCUUGACAUCUCUUAUAAAACUCAAGAAAGGUACUAAAAAGUCGAAAGCAGAGCGACAAGGCUCCACUCAUUCGGAUGGCGAGGCCGAACAUGCGAUUCCAGAGAGCGGUGACAGCGUAGCAAAGAAGCCGGGAUUGUUGGAGCGCUUAAGACCGCGGCAACGUAAGGAGAAGUUUCGCAGCGUGUCCAGCGUUGGCGAUGGAACUGACGAAGGUCAGCGCCAGCGUAAAAAAAAAAUUUCUUUUGGAUUUGGGUCCCGUAGCCGAAGCCAACCUGACUUGUACCGAGAUAAGCCGACGAGUGUGGAAAAUGAAUCAGUCAAGAAUGUUCCUAAUACUCUGGAUAUUCUGGCCCCCGGCUCUCCUGCGCGCCUCAAGUUAGCCUCGAAACGUGAUGACAAUGCACGUUUGACGCCGGUAGUAGAAACGCCAUCGGAAGAUGAUCGACGCCGUAGCUCUCCUGACAUUAAUCAUACGAAGCCUCUCUUUAAACUCUAUGAAGGCGGUGAUGGCACGACAGGAUUUAACGAAGAUGAUGCGAUGCCAACCGAUAUGGAGAAAGCGGCGCGGCCGAAAAUGGCAGCUUUUGUUCCGCCCCGCCCAAAUGAUACGGGAUUAAACCGUGCACUGCCGGCGGCAGUUGGAGCACUGAAGGAGCAGCGUACUGUGGAUGCGCCCGAUCAGGCGCUGCCUAUGGACUCUACGGCGGUCAAUGGAAAUGUUCUACAGUCGGAACUAGUUGGAGAUGCUCCAAAGAAGAAGGUGCCUCCUCCUCUUACCCGUGGUCAGUCCAGCAGUCGCCUGCAGUCCCAGUCGUGGAUCAACAGCGUCACCAUCUUCCUUUUCGAGGGCAAGGACUUACCGGCAAUGGACCGUAAUGGCCUUAGCGAUCCCUUCUGUAAAUUCCGGCUGGGUAGUGCCAAAUACAAAACCCGUGUGGCCUACAAAACCCUGAAUCCACAGUGGAUGGAACAGUUCGAUCUGUAUAUUUGUGAUCCAGAUGAUCGGACAGUGGAGAUCACGGUGUGGGACUGGGAUCGGGGCAUGCGCAAUGACUAUAUUGGAAAAUGUAUGAUUGAUUUGUCGUUGAUUGAAACGGAAAAGAUGUGCGAUAUGUGGGUGGACGUGCGGAAUGAGACGAGCGAAAUGUGUGGAUCAUUGCAUUUAUCGCUGCUGAUCAGUGGAGGAAAGAUGACAGCCGACAAGAUUGAGGAUGAUACGAACUCUCCAGUGGAGGAAGCUGUCGGUGGCGGAAUGCACAGAACGGCAAUGUUGGAGAGGUACGACUGGAAGAAAUCCUUGACGGAUAUUGGAGACGUCGGCAUGCUGACCGUUAAAGUUUUCAGAGGAUGCUCCCUCCGCGCUGCUGAUUUGAAUGGAAAGUCGGAUCCGUACUGUAUACUGCAGUUGGUUAACGCCCGCCUGCAGACCCAGGUCGAGCCCAAGACACUUGACCCGGAAUGGAACCGAGUAUUCACAUUUCCGGUCAACGAUGUUCAUUCGGCACUGGACAUCACUGUAAUGGACAUGGAUCAGGACAAGAAAUCGGACUUUCUGGGUCGCGUAGCCAUACCAUUGUUGCGGAUCCAGAACAAUGAACGGCGUUGGUACGCUCUAAAGGAUCAGAAGCUGCAGGGGCGGGCCAAAGGUGCAAUUCUGCUAGAAAUGGAAAUGAUUUAUAAUCCCCUCCGGGCAGCUUUUCGCACUCUUCAUCCAAAGGAAGUUUGCUUUGACAGACAAGAGAGCAAAUUUAAAACACAGGUGUUCGUUCGGAAUAUCACGCGGUUGAAGAGCAUCAUGCUUCCGGUGUUGGAAUUUGGACAUUUUUUGCAAAGCUGUUUUAACUGGGAAUCACGCGCGCGGUCCAUGACAGUUUUUAUCAGUUAUCUUCUAAUUGUAUAUUUUUUUCAAAUGUGGAUGAUACCUGCCGGGUUAUUGGGAAUUUUUUUGAUGUAUUACAUCAAGCAACAUUUCCUGGCCUCCACUUACACCCGAGAUCCACGCGAUGAGGAAUUAGCUGAUUAUUUGGAUCAGAAACUUGACUCCGAUGAUGAAGACGAAGAUAACGUUCGCUCAUCCUAUUUUUCUGGAUCCGGUGGCAAUAAAACUGCCAACGUGACCUUAAUGACCCGAAUGCGCGUAGCUCAAGAGCAGUUGAAAGUCGUGCAGAAUUUGAUGGGAUUUGUAGGUGAUCUGGCCGAGCGCAUAUCCAAUACCUUCCACUUUACAGUCCCUUGGAUCUCUUACCUGGUCAUAAUUUUGCUUACGGUGGCCAGUGUCAUACUUUAUUUCAUUCCGUUGCGAUUGCUGUUGCUGAUUUGGGGAGUUAAUAAAUUUACCAAGAAGCUGCGCAAUCCCAACGCUGCAUCUAACAACGAGUUGCUGGAUUUGUUGUCCCGCGUCCACACCAAUGACGAAAGCAAAAUGUACAAAGAACUGCGUCCACGGGAUGUUCCCAAUCAGGCUGCCGUGCAUGUGGGAAUGGCGGCCGAUGGAACAAUCAUGCGUGAGCAAGGAACUCGACGCGAGUGAAGUUUUUGCAACCCGGUUUCUUGAUAGCUUAUUUUUGUUCGGCUAUUAAUUUUGUGAUAAUGUCCAAAAAUAUUUGUAAUGCCGACGUUUAUUGAUCAAUGUCUUUCCAAAUUUGCAAUGGUGUCCUUCAUGGAUCUCUUUUUUCGGUUCCAAAUUCUGAUAGUUUGUCCCUAAUUUUAACGUCAGACCAAACGUGGCCGUUCAGAGUUUUAAGAGUAUAAAAUGUUCAGAGUUUAAAGUAUUCAGCUGUUAAUCAUACGGGCAGAUUAGCAUCA